AUCUAGAGACGACGAUUAAGAAAAAACGAAGAACGAUAACUCUCACCUUCGAUUCUUUUUGUUGAUUGAGGCACAAGCUACCGGUAUACAAUGGAGAACGAUCGAGAGGGACCAUACUCUGUUCUAACGAGAGAUGAACUUAGAGAAAAGAUGAAGAAGCAGAUCGCUGAAAUCUCUGAGAUCUUCUCGUUAUCAAAAUCCGAUGCGACCGUACUCCUCAUGUUUCUCCGAUGGGACUCUGAUCGAGUUUCUGAUUGUUUGGUUGAAAACAAGGAGAAAGUCUUGUUGGAAUCAGGUUUGAAACCAGUUGCAGCUAAUCCGAAUCAAGAAUUAUCUAAUACUUCUUGUGGGAUUUGCUUUAAGACUUGUGAUGAGUAUUAUCUUGAUGAUGAUGAUUACUUAAUCUCCACGCCCUAUUGUUCUCACAUGUUCUGCAAAACUUGUUGGAGAAAGUAUCUUGGAAAGAAUUUCUACUUGGUGGAGAAAAACCAAACUAGAAUUUCUUGUCCUCAUCCAGCUUGUCAAGCUGCGGUUGGACCGGACACGAUUCAGAAGCUAACCGUACGUGAUGAAGAGAUGUACGUGGAGUAUGUUCUGAGAUCUUACCUUGAGGUAUUGGAGAUCAAAGAGUGUCCUGCACGUAAUUGCAAUUACGUCAUUGAGUUUCAUCAGAAGAAUUAUGAUGGUGAUGAGGAAGACUAUAGCUUAAACGUGGUGUGUCUCUGUGGUCAUAUCUUCUGCUGGAGAUGCAUGCUUGAGUCACACAAACCAGUGACCUGCAACAAUGCGUCUGAUUGGUUGUUUAGAGACCUAAAGAGCUUAUCGAAGCUGGUAUCAGGUAAAAAACCAUUGAGCCUCUCCUCGAUCAAAACCACCAGCCAAAAGACUUGCUCUCUCCCGUUGAUCAAAGCCACCACGAACACUUGCCCUCAUUGUUUUCGUCGUGUGGACCUGGGUACUAAACAAUACCUCCGGUUCUUGACUUGUGCCUGCAGCGGUCGUUUCUGCUGGAAGUGUAUGCAGUCAGAGGAAGACCACAAAACGGAAUCAGGAAUGUAUAAACUCUGUAAUGUACUCGAGAGAAGAGUAGAAGUGGAGACUUCGUGCAUGGAACACUGGAGGGCGAGUAAAGUUUCAAUGAAGAAAGCUAUAUCCGAUCUACAAGCUUUCGAGAAAUCUAACAUCGAGAAUCCAGGUUACUUGAGCGAGAAAGACGUGACAAUUAUAAGAAAAGGAUUGAUGCUGAUUGUUCAAUGCAGACAAGUUCUUAAGUGGAGCUGCGUGUACGACUACUUCCACAUAGAGUAUGAGAUGUCGAAGAGGGAAUACCUGCGAUUCCUGCAAGCAAACGCGACCUCACUUGUGGAGAGUUACUCAAAGACUCUAAAUGAGGAGAUAGAAAGAGCCUCGCCAGCUACUUCUGAAAACUUUUGUUGCGUCAAGCAUAAGGUAACCAUUGACACUAUCAACAUUGGGAACUACUUUUAUCAUUUCAUCAAGACUUUACGAGAAGGUUUGGACGACGUGAAGGUGAAGUCCUACACCGACUAUGGUGGUCUUUUUUGGCUCUGUGAUCGCUGCACAUUUGGAAACACUUGGUUCCAUAAGGAGUGUACGAUGUGCAGUGAUGAUAUUGCAGCUCAUGUGGAGCUAAGUGGGUUAUCUCUUAACUAAAGGAGGUCUAAUGGAUUGAGAAUUUUAAUUGUUGUGGUGGAUUUUAGAUUUGGUGGUGUUUUUCAUUAAAUUCAGAGAUAUUCU